GACGCGCCCAGCGCUACUCAUUUGUUGAGGAGCAGUCUUCUUUGCCUCUUGCGACGGCCAUACCACGUUUUCCGUUUCCGUUUGAAGCACAGCCAUCAUGGCGCCUAAAAAGGAUGCGAAGGGAUCCUCCUCCAAACAGCCCCAAAAGACUGUGAAGAAGAAGGAGGGAGGAAGUUCUGGAGGAAAGGCUAAGAAGAAGAAGUGGUCGAAGGGAAAAGUCCGCGACAAGUUGAACAAUCAGGUACUGUUCGACAAGCCCACAUACGAAAAGCUUCUGAAGGAAGUCCCCUCAUAUAAGCUUAUCACCCCCUCCGUUGUAAGCGAACGUCUCAAGGUCAGAGGCUCGCUCGCCAGGAAGGCAUUGGAGGAACUUCUGCAGAAAGGUUUGAUUAAGCAAGUUGUCAAACACCAUGCUCAGAUCAUCUACACCAGAGCAACCAAGGGCGAGGAUCAGCCUGCGUAAAACCUUUCCACAUAUUUUUUAAGUUAAAGUUUCUGUUCCGAAGCAGAGAUGAUAAAAUGAUGAAAAAUCCUUAAAAUCAAA